AUGGAUUCUGAAAUAGAUCUUGCUUCGAACCUUAUUGGUAAAUACCUUUUAGCCGGCUGGGUCAUGACUAAUACCGUCUGUCCUAUACAAAAUUGCAAUGUUCCGUUGUUACGUUCCAAAGAUAAUACAGUAUGGUUUUGCGUUUUGUGCGAUAAGGAACCCGGAAAAUCAAAAUCACAAACGAUGCAAUCAUCACCAGUUACAAUGGUAGAUGAGAUUAAUAAUGAAGCUCCUUCACAGUAUGAUGAGAUUCAACUUCAACAAUUUCGACGUGAUCAAUCUCAGCGUGCCUCACAGUUAAUUGCUCAAUAUUUAUUACAAGGAUGGGCUUUAAUCGAACAAAUUUGUUUAAAUGAUACAUGUUAUGGUGUACCAUUAAUCAGAUCCCGUGAUAAAAAGAAAUAUUGUGUUAUAUGUCAAAAUUAUUAUGUGCAUGAAUCUGAAUUAGGUCUCAUGAAACAUAAUAUAAUAUCAUCAACUGGGAGUGUGGAAGUAGAAAAAAAAAAAGACCAAGACAAAUAA